AUGGCGGCCUCGGAGGCGGCGGCGGCGGGGUCCGCGGCUCCGGCGGCGGGGACCCCGGUUGUCCCGGCGGCCGCGAGGGGAGCCGCCGCCGCCUCGGGCCCGUGGGGGCCGCCGAGGCCGCGCCUGAGAGGCCGCCGCCCGCGACCCACGCCGGCGAGGCAGCCGCCGCAGCCCGCGGCCCGGGAGCUGAUCCAGCCGUCGGUCAGCGAGCUGUCCCGAGCCGUGCGCACCAACAUCCUGUGCACCGUGCGCGGCUGCGGCAAGAUCCUGCCCAACAGCCCCGCGCUCAACAUGCACCUGGUCAAGAGCCACCGCCUGCAGGAUGGCAUAGUAAAUCCAACAAUAAGAAAAGAUUUGAAAACCGUACCAAAAUUCUACUGUUGUCCAAUUGAAGGAUGUCCUAGAGGUCCCGACCGGCCGUUUUCUCAGUUUUCUCUCGUUAAACAGCACUUUAUGAAGAUGCAUGCCGAGAAGAAGCAUAAGUGCAGCAAGUGCAGCAACUCGUACGGCACUGAGUGGGACCUGAAGAGACACGCAGAGGACUGCGGCAAGACCUUCCAGUGCACAUGCGGCUGUCCCUACGCCAGCAGGACCGCACUGCAGUCUCACAUCUACCGAACCGGCCACGAGAUCCCUGCUGAGCACAGGGAUCCACCUAGUAAAAAAAGGAAAAUGGAAAACUACCUGCAAAGCCAGAAAUCAUCCAACAAGACGAUUGAAUCAUUAAACAACCAACCAACUCUUCAACCAGAUUCCCAAGAACUCAGAACUUCAGAAAUAAAACUGGUCACCUCUUUUGAGGACUCUUGUGGUUCUAAUGCCAGAAAGCAGAAUAUCUCAGCACUUCCAAGAAAUCAGAAGUUGCUUCUACCGAAGCCCAGAGUGGCUCUGGUUAAACUUCCGGUCAUGCAGUUGUCUCCCAUGCCGGUCUUUGUGCCUGCAGCGGAGUCUUCGGGCCAGCCUGUGGUGUUGGGCGUGGAUCAGGGCUCUGCGGCGGGGGCUGUGCACCUGCUGCCCUUGUCCGUGGGAACCCUGAUCCUUGGCCUGGACUCAGACGCUUGCUCUCUGAAGGAGACCCUACCUCUCUCUCAAAUUGUCAGUCCUGGUGAGCCGGUUAGUACAGGUGUUCAAGUGAACUUGGGUAAAAGUCCAUCAAAUCCUUUACAAGAACUAGAGAACACAUGUCACAAGAACAGCAUUUCUUCAACCAACGUACAGACGGACCUGUCCUAUGCCUCACCAAGCCUGACACCUUCUGCUCGGUGGCUUGGCCCCGACUCCUCCGUGUCGUCUUGUUCUCAGACCGAUCUGUCCUUUGAUUCCCAAGUGUCCCUUCCCAUUAGCGUUCACACCCAAACACUCCUGCCCAGCUCUAAGGUAACUUCGUCCAUAGCUGCUCAGACUGAAGCUUUCAUAGACGCCUGUUUCCAGCCAGGCGGGAUCUCCAGAGAAACCCAAACCAGUGGCGUGCAAAAUCCCGCACCUGCCCAGGUACCCCUGGACCACGCCGGCCUGUGCGGAGGCAUCUUUGGGAGUGUGCACUCAUCCUACAGUGUGCCCACAGACAACGACAUCAGCAGCAGUUUAGUAGCAGAGACAGUGACUCAGAGUUUGCUACCUCAGAAUGAUCCCAAGACUUUAAGUCAGGGCAUGGAGAGGGCUGAAGCCGUGCUGGACUUCAGCGCGCAGAGCGCGAUGCUCCCCGCGCAGAGCACGACGGAUAACCAGACCCAAACCAUCGAUCUACUGAGUGACUUGGAGAACAUCUGGUCCAGUAACCUGCCUGCUCAGACGCUGGAUAACCGCAGUCUUUUGUCUGACUCAAACCCUGGACCUGACGCCCAGCUUCCCUCCGGCCCAACCCAGAACCCUGGGAUCGAUUUUGAUAUCGAAGAGUUCUUUUCAGCCUCAAAUAUCCAAACGCAAACUGAAGAGAGUGGACUGAGCACCAUGAACCCUGAGCCAGUCUUGGAGUCACUGGACAUAGAGACCCAGACCGACUUCCUGCUCGCAGACCCCUCUGCUCAGCCCUAUGGCUGCAGGGCGAGCUCCAACUUCCUAGGCCUGGAGAUGUUUGACACACAGACACAGACUGACUUGAACUUCUUCUUAGACAGCGGUCCUCCCCUGCCCCUGGGAAGCCUCCUGAAACACUCCAGCUUCUCCAUGAGCACCGACUCCUCCGACACAGAGACGCAGACCGAAGGAGCCUCGGUAGCCAGACCCAUCCCUGCUCCGGAGAGCAAGGUUCAGCUGAACAGUGCAGAGACACAGACCAUGAGUUCUGGUUUUGAAGCCCUGGGGAGCUUGUUCUUCACCAGCAAUGAGACUCAGACAGCCAUCAACGACUUUCUCGUGGCCGAUUUGGCCUGGAACACGAUGGAGUCUCAGUUCAGCUCCGUGGAAACCCAGACGUGUGCAGAGCUGAGCACGGUCUCCACCUUCUGAGCACCCUGUGUGGCGCUGGCGCCGCCAUGCGGACGAGACACCGCCGACGAUGCUGACUAUGGAAUGUAGCGACUGCGCUCCUCCCUCCCUCCGCCUUCUGUACACUGUGUCCAUGUGAGUGUAUUAUAAAGCGUAAGAUGUUGAGUUCAAGAUGAGUGUUUGCGUUGCCUACAUUUGCUCUCACAGCUUGUCUUUUCGUCCUUUGUUUUUUGUAAGUGUAUUUCAGACCUGUAUUUUAAAACCCACACAGCCAUUCAGCCGAAGCGAGGCUUGCGAGGUACUGGGGUGCAAACUCCUGGAGCCUUCCUAAUGCGCCAGGAACUGCCGCCACGCCCGCGCCAGGGCUCUGUGUUCCGAGACCGCCACCGCCACAGCCCCGUCUCACACCAAGGAAAACCGCCAUCGUCUUGCGCUUUGCACAUUGUCGUGUGGUCGCUGUCCUUUCUCCCGUGAGCUGCUCCCGCGGCUGGGGCGGUGCACGGUCCGUCCUCGGGAGCUCCGCUGCUGCGGUACCGCCUCGCACGAGCAGCGGUGCCCCGAGCCACCCUCCCGCAAGAUUAAGGCAGCCAAACCACAGGGACCGGUGGCGCAGUCACGGCUCUUGGUUUAUCCUCGGGGUACCCUGGGGGGUGCUCUGCUUUUGAAACGUUUUCCUCUGGGUGACCAGAUGUGCGGUUUUCUGCAUGCCAGCCAGCAGCCGGGCUGGCAGCAGACCCUGGCUGGGUGUCUUGUGAUGUAGUUCAUGUGCUAGAGCCACUACUGGAACUCAGGAAAAUCGUGUUACUGCUGAGGUGCUCGGGGAGAGGUGGGGGAAGGGGAACCGGCCUCCACCUCCUGGCACGCCUGCCUCCCGGCUACCUACAAGUGCUCCAGAGCCAGUGCUUUGGGGUUUGACGGGAGCUUUCAUUACAUGAGCUUGGUUAGCUUCACUCUCGGUCCUUCUCCCCCUUUGCAUAGCCUUCGUCUCCCCCAUGGCCAGUCCCCAUCCUGAGGCUGCCCAGGAGCUACCAGCCAUCAGCCAGCCAGCCCAGUAACAUGCAAACCAGACGGACGGCAUUCUGGAGAUGACAGACCCGCCGUGUUUCACAGUACAUGCUCCUCGCUCUCCCGCGGGUCAGGUGAGGCCCUGGGAGGCUUCCCACCGUCUCACUGUCCCUCUUCGUGUUGGAAAGGACACCCGUGGCCCCAGCCGAGUCUCAGUGUGUGGUGUCCCUAAGCUUGACAGGGCCAGAAUGCAGCCCAUGCUUUCGUGGGGCCCUUUCCUCCCAUCCACCGCUCACUUUUCCCUAAAACAAGGAAGCACUUUGGUCCAGUAACUUGCUGUGACACUGACAAUUACGCAACAGACCCAUCUCCAGUGCGGUACUCUGUGAAGAUGGUGAAAACCUAGUGUUUUGGUAUUCAAGGACUUUUUUCUGUGUAGAGGCAAAAUCAUGGCGGAGUGAGGGUUUUUCUGUGCCAAGCAGACUGAAUUCCUGGUUGUUGCCCAACUUGCAGGCCAGUAAGAAUGAGUACAGUUGUGAGUUCUCUAAGUCUACCCCAAAUUCUCUGUUCUUCCUGUGGGUAAGUCCCCAAAAUAAAAUGUAAGAAGAAAUUGAUUUGUUAAAUCAAAUGGAUACUGUUGCUAUUAGCCUACCCAUCCACUUAGUGCACUGGGCUUGAUAAUGGGUUAAUAAGAUGGCCUUGUCACGCCAGACGGACUCUUCCCAGGAGAAAACCUUGGCUUUGGUCAUAGUUGCCUAGGAAUGUGGGUUUCAGAGCAAACAUAAAGCCUUAACUUAAAUUUUCAUGUUUUAGGAUCAUCACAGCCUUAAUAUUUAAACCUCUAUUUAAGUUGUCCUAAUAAAGGAGGUGCAUGUUUAUUUAUGGCUUUUUGUAAAUACAAAUGCAGUGAUCUGCAGCUUUAAUAUUUGUUUCUGUGACAAUGUUUGUUAUCCUAGCCAAUAGUUACGUACAGAAAAAAUGGAGCAUGUAAUUGUUCAUCAUGUACAAGAAGUGCCCCCACAAAACUUUCGUCACCCCAAUUGUCUGUCCUAAGACUAUUUGUAAAACCUGAAAUUCAGUGAUUAAAGAGCCUAGAAUUCUA